AUGAAGAAGUUUAACAAGGAGCAGAAGUCCCUAACAUUCGCCGAAAAGCGAAAUUACGAGGCACAACAGACGUCUUUCCUCUCCGCGUUGAUUAAUAUGAAGUACGACUUGUGUAUUCAGAAACCCACCAAAUGCGCCACAAGCUCACUUCCCCUCUUCAAAAUUGUUCAUAUUAAGAACGAUGAGUUUCUUUUCGAAGUCAUGAAAGACACUAAAGAGAAGAUGAAGCAAAUUUACUAUGAAGACUUGGCAAAUGGAGUGUCUGAGAAAACCGCUUCAAGGCGACAAACAACGUAUAAAGUCACAUACCCCCUCGCUUAUUUAAUUGACUUGUGCAAAGCCAAUGGAUUCAAUGUGGACACAGUGGAUGUCAAUAGAAAAGGAAAAGCUCAACAAAAGUGGGUUGUGGCUAUUGAGUUUGAUGGAUUUGUCUUUGACAAAGAAACUAUAUCAAAGAAGGGCGCAAGACUCAACAAAGUUUUCGUUGAAAGAAUGGGCGAAAAUGUAAAUAGCAAAACGGUUGUGCUUAAAAAGUUUGACACCGAGCUUAUGGCGUUGUUACUUUCCGACUUGGAGACCAUUUGA